AUGGACGAUGAAAAACAACUGAAGUAUGAGCUCGCCGAGAUCGAGUUCGACAAGCGACAAUUACAGCUCGAACGCAGGGAGCUCGCCAUCAAGCGACGCCUUGAACAACUCAAGACUAACAUCGACCUGACCAAAGAUGACGCCGUCCUGAAAACUGAGGCUGGGCCUGGCGGUACGGACGGGAUUCGAGCGACCGCUCAAAAUAGGUCUUCUGCUGAGCCGCAAUCAGACACUACUUCAACCGUCAUAACCGCGAAUGCUACUCUGAAACUAGGAGAGACGAGCGCCGUCGAGCAGCAACCUCAGCGAGAGGCAGACGAUACAACUAGCGAGACCGGAAAUGGAGCGCAAGGUUCGACAUUUCGUUUGGCAAAUCGUGACCGAGGGCGAACAGCGGCUGCGGUGAGGCGCCGGUCCUAUAGUUACUUACUAAAGGAGCGGCCUACCGUCCAGCAAAGCCACGAAGAUCUCCUAACGUCGUUUAUACGACCACCGACUCACCCAACGUCGCGGUCUCAGCAGAAGCGAUCUCAGGUAUUCGACGGCAGAGAUAACGAGACCGUCAGUUCGGGAUCUGGCACAGAUGUCGAUACAACUGAUUCUGCAGGCGGACCACGAGCUGGGUUGAAACGAAGACGAAUGCUUCAGAAAGACGAAAACCAGCCCGCGGACACCUCCAGCAUUAUGACGGAGUCUCAAAAGUACGACCUCAUCCGCCAUUACACCGGGCUUCUCCUGAGGCGUAUGGCGGCAGUUGAACCUUCGCUCCCACCAGAACAUUCCAAGAGACCGACAGUAACAUCAAGGUUGCGGAGAGCCACCAACGGAGAGACCCACCAGACGCUAGCCUUUCUCCACGAAGAAUUCCAAUCGACUGUAAAUACAUGGGCGACAAUCUGCGAGGUCCGUCGCGUUCUAUCAGAUGAACUGGCUAAAUUUCACCGAGCCCAACGUUUUUGGUGGCCCAGAUGUACAGCCCUGGACACGCAGCAAGAGCGAAUGUCCUUUGUCACCAAAGUUGUCGAGGAUAUCGCACAGAACAAGUUCAACGAGCAAAAGUUCGAGGAAGAAGAUGAGACUAAUAACGAUGGUUGA